ACGAAAGCUCCACGCCUUUUUAUAUGUUUUUUAAUCGUUCUUCAAUGAAUCUUACACUAGAUGGACGAAACAUACAAGUUCUGAUUAACGCUAGAAUUUCUACGGUAAUAUCAACUGGAAGAUGAUUCCAAAUAGAUGGAGGGUUUUAUUAUUUUUUGUGCUUUUAGAAAUUUUUUGCUUCACUUAUCAAAGUCAUACUGAUAAAGAAUUAAGUUCAUCACAUCCACACGAUCGAAAAAAAUUUCAUGUUCAGAAGAAAAACAGUCAAGCUCUAAACAAUUUUCUGGAGGACGUACUCAUGGCUAAGGAUGAAUUGAAGUGGAUAGAUCAAAUGAUUUAUCCUCAAGCACGUCGUCAUAAAUCUCAUGAAACGAGGCGUAGAUUACUCUCAGAAAAAAGAGUUGGUUCGAAGAAGAAGAAAAAACAUCGUAAUGGUAAUAAAAAUUAUAUCAAACGAACCAACUCAGUUGAUAAUGGUGGUCAACGAAAGGAAGCUUUGAAAAAAAUAAAAAACAAUGUUAUUGUUAAGAAGAGUAUACCCCCUGCUAAAAGGCAUUAUUUUACUCCUAAUGUUCAUGGUUUUGGUGUCAUUGAAUAUUAUGAUUACGAUGAAAGUUCAAACAAAAGAAAGAUUUCUGAUAAAAAAUCUGACAAACAUUCAUCAAUGAUUGUUAAAAAGAAAGCCACAAAAAAUCCAGUUUUAAGAAAAAAAAAAUUAGAAGAUAAAAAUAGAGAAUAUAAAAUACCACAAGAGCUUGUGAGUAAUCAAGAAAAUUUACAUUCUGCAAAAUUAAAGUACGCACGAAAUACACUAGAACAAAAGAAUAAUAUUGAAAAGGUUGAGACAGUAGAUGGUUUGGAAAAUAGCUUGAAUAGUGUAGCCGAUGUUAAUGGACGCGAAGCUCGAUGUCAUAGAGAUCGAGAUGAUGAUGCUGUUGAUGAUUUUAAGAGCCAGAGGGAUUUUAACUAUCAAAAAAAUGCUAGAAUGACUGAUGACGACUACCAUUUGGCCCAGAAUAUUUAUGAUGAUGAUUUUGAUCCUUUCUUCCUAGAAGUAGGCAAUACCUCGUCAUCCGGAAGUGAUUAUCAAGCUCUUAAAGCCACAGAUGAUCUGUUCAAAGGUGGAAUGGAGCAAGGAAAUUCCAAUGACGAUAAUAUCCCUCCCGCAGACUAUUAUAACCAAAAAAAAUUAUUCCACCAUUGGAAAACAGAUUCGCAUUACAAAACAAAGAAAAAAUCUUUAAUUGAAUCUCAGCCUUACAGCCAUUAUGUGACAGCCCACGAAAGAGCAGAAGAAAUUUAUCAAAAGCCUAUGAGUAAUUCAGCCUUGUCGUCUUCUGUAAACGUGAGAAAAAGCAAAAAGUCAAAGGAAAAGCGUUCAAACAUCAUUUCAGGACCAAUCUUAAGACAUGAAUCCAUAGUUGAACCGUUAAACUGGCCUUGGGAAUAUUACGACGAUAAAGAUGAGUCGAAAAUUCGAUUUGGUCGAGGACUUAUGCAAGUGUCAGAGGAAAAUAAUGAUGAUAAAACUUCAUUCUCAUUCAAUAGUCACGAGAAUGAAGUGAAACAAUCAGAAAAUCGAUUUGAUCAAUUUUUAUUAGCAUCUGAGAGUGAACAUAUCAAGCAAAAAUAUAGGUCAAAGAGAAAUGAAGAAACUCCAAAUGCCAAUGAUGAUUUUCUUGCUAAUUUUACUGUUAAUGGAAAGCUCACUGAUGAUAUAGUGAACAAAAUAUUUGAAGAAGUUGAAGCAAGUAAUACUUUAAAUACUGGAUUACGUCCAGGAUUAAGUAGGAAAACAAACUUAGAGGAUCAUGCUCCAGCAAAAUGCUCUUCAGAAGAGCAUGAGCAAGAAGUAAAUCGAACUUCAACGAUAUUGAAACAAGUAGGCAAACUUUUGAAUCAUCUUGUAGCACAGAAAAUGCAAAAGAAAAUGUGUCUCAGACUAUCUCCACACCAACGUGAUUUUUUGAUUUGGAUUACUGAUGAUGCUGCUGAUAAAUAUGCUCGUCCAAAUCCUCAGCAUUUAAUAUUACAUGAAAAGCCAUCAGAAAACUUGGCAAGGUUAUUGAAUCAAGAAAAAAGUCGAUAUUUAUUUGGACACCUCCAAAGACCUAUCAAACAUUCUAGAGUAAAUUCAAAACUUGAGUCAUCUGGUAAAGAUUCAUUGGAUGAUGAAUUGAAGUUGAAAACUCGGUUAUUGAAACGGUUGAUUAAACAGUAUGAAUCACUAAGUGAAAGUGAGCAAAUAAAAGUUGAAGAUAUUCACAAGCACUUGAGAAGACAAUUAAAUUUGCUCCAAAAAUAUGCACGACAUCGUAAAUUUAAGAAGUAUUCCAACACAUCUGUGAGUAAAAAAAGUCAUCAAUAUGCUAAAAAAUAUCCAAAUUCAUCUUCUGAUUUUUCUGUCAAUAAAAAAGGCUCUUUAAUGUCAUCAUCUAUCAAUAAAAUAAAGAACAGAAGAGAUUUAAGAACAGAGGAAAAAAUAAAAAGAAACAAAACCAAGUCGAUUGAUAAUAAGGGUAAAAAAAGUUUAGAACAGUUUAACUCGUCUUCUUCCUUAAUGUCAUUAUCAGAUGAUUCUUCUGAAGAUGGCAACCAUGAAAAAGAAUUGCGACAUUCUUCUUCAAGUGCUUGUAAACCAAGAAGCAAAUGCGAUCGAUGGAUUGAAGUAUUUGAAAACAUAACUACCGACAAUAUUCUAUCACCAAGUAAUCAAUCGAGUGUAAAAUCUAUUGAAAUUUUUUCAACAAUCUCGUCUACUUCUUCACCAUUAGCAGCUUUCAGUCACAAUUCAGUAAGUGAUGAAAAUGGAUCAAAUGAAAAAGAAGAAAAUUUGGGUGAACAGUUAAGAGAUGCUAAAGAUUUGGAAAGCAAAAUUAAUGUUUUUCCUGUCAAUAAUAAUAAAUAUGGUGAAGAAUAA